ACAAGAGGGACAAAAUAUACGUCAGAUUUUGCAGUGAAAUAUUUGGUUGCUCUUCAAUUUUCUUAAAAUUUUUAACUAAAAAAACAUGGUUUACAUCCAUUUUCCAUCAAAUCUAACAGAGGAGGAGUUAAUGUUGCAGACUAAAUAUCAGAAAUUGAAGAAAAAGAAAAAGGCACUGCAGGCUCUGAAGACACCAAAACAAGAACCAGAAAAACCAUUAAUACCCAAGAGGCCUGCUGAUGCCCGGGAUGCAAGAGAAGUGGCCAGAAAACUGAUUAAAAGUGGGGCAAUUCAAGCGAUCCCUAAGCCUCAAUCCAAGCAAGAUCAAGUGUCUUUCAAGCGGCCUAAAGGGCAGGAAAGGAAGCGGGUAAUGCCAGAAAGCACAGCAAAUGUGGCAUCUUAUCAACCCUUCUCAGCCACUCAGAGUACAGAACCUGGAGCACCUCCUGGAAUAAUUCCGGAUCCUGAGAAGGAAGUUGUUGGACGUGUGCAGAAUCUCUAUCAGCAAUUGGCUACUGAAAGGGAUCGAGAAGAAAGAGGAUUGGUAGAUAAGAAGGCCUUGGAGGCACCAGUAAUACGUCCGGAUAAGCCACGUACAGGGAAUACGAUUUAUGUGUCCGGGAACAAAGUAACUGAGGAUUUCCUGAAAAAACAUUUCAAUUCUUUCGGCACAAUUGUCAAUGUGUCCAUGGAGAUAGAGAAAGGACGAGGAUUCAUUACGUUCUCGAAGCCAGAAUCCGCCGAAAAAGCAAUCAGUGAGAUGCAUGGAAAGCCAGCUGCUGGAAUUCAAUUGCAAGUUCAAUUGGCUAGAAGACAGCCACAAAUAGAGCCCAUCAAUGAUGCUUCUUCAUCAGCAGUUUGGUCCACAUUGGCUGCCAGUCACUCUCAGAAGGGUAGUCUCAAGGAUAAACGUGAAAUGGUUAACUAUGGUGACAUUUUCUUAGAAUAAAAUAAUAUUGUCCUGAAAAACCCCAAAGGAAUUUAUGGAAAUCAGCAGCAUAAUGCGAACAGGUAAGAAUUAAAUAUUAAAAUAAUUAAAUUCAAUAUUUUUAUUUGAAACAUUUCCAUGUGAUUUUCACAUUGGAGCACAAAACACGAUGAUUUUCUUUCUAUUUUCAAUUAUUCUGACCCCCACCCCACCCAAUUUUUUUUUAUCACUAAAUGAAAAAUGAUUUUGUGCAGAAAUUUUAUAGAGUGCAGUUGCUUAAAUAAAAAAUAAAUAUGAUUUACCUCCAA